AUGGCGCCGCGCUUCUCCCUCCCAUUCAGUCCUGUUCGCGAGCGGCCACGAAGUACAACUCCCCCUUUCUGAGACGUCAGAGAGGGAUCGUGUUAUUUAAAGAUUGUAUCAAGCGAGAAACAAAGUUCGCGGAGAGACCGUGUGGCCUUGCAGCUUCUGCCAGCGGGACUUGUACGUUUCUUCAGCGCCGGUGUCUGGAUACUGCGCCCGCAGAGAUAUGCCCCAAACCAUAACCCUGAAUGGACCCUCACCUUGGGGUUUUCGGCUCGUGGGUGGAAGGGAUUUUAGCACACCAUUAACCAUUUCGCGGAUCACGCCAGGAAGCAAGGCGGCGCUGGGCAACCUGUGUCCUGGGGACCACAUUCUAGCCAUCAACGGCGACGGCACAGAGACCAUGACCCACAUGGAGGCUCAGAACAGGAUCAAGGCCUGCAGCGCACAGCUCGUCCUGGCCAUCAACAGGACAGAUGGAAAGGUCUGGUCCCCAACUGCGCCUACUGACGACAAAACAAGUCCUUUCAGGGUAUGCCAGGAGGCAGAGCUACAGGAUUUCCGGCCCAUUGGGAGCAUUAGCAACAGAAAGCCAGCACAAUAUCCCACCGACCCCCCCCUGAAUAAUGGCAGCUGGAAAGCGAGCCCCCAGUACAAUAACCCGGCUGGACUCUACGCCAACAACAACGGGGACCGGAGCCUGUCGAGGCAGAUGAGUGGCCUGUCUUUCAGCUCCCGCCAGAGCCCCGAGCCGCCAGUGCUCUCCCCGACCAACCGCAAUGGCUUCGACACCGAGUCUGAGGUCUAUAAGAUGCUGCAGGACCCCGCCGAGCCCAUCUCCGAGCCCAAACAGUCCGGAUCUUUCCGGUACCUCCAGGAAAUACUACAGGCUGAAGAUGGAGGUAUUUCCCCGACAGACCGACCCGGCAGGACUGUGAUCCCGGUCCGGUCGCCAGUACCCCGGCUGUCCAGUCCCAUCAACACCCCUCUGCCCGGCCUGCAGAAGCUGCCCCUGUGCACCCGCUGCGGGAACGGCAUCGUGGGUACCAUAGUGAAGGCCCGAGACAAGCUCUACCACCCCGACUGCUUCAUGUGUGACGACUGCGGCCUGAACCUGAAGAAGAGGGGCUACUUCUUCAUCGAGGAGAAUCUGUACUGUGAGAACUGCGCGAAAGCACGCGUGCAGCCGCCCGAGGGCUACGACGUCGUCGCCGUCUACCCCAACUCCAAAGUGGAGCUAGUCUGAGGAGGCAUCCCUCCAACUCACGCCUGUCAUUCCCGUUCGUUUUUUUUUUUUUAACUCACAAUGUUUCACUGUGCACUGCAUGUCCUAACGGCACGGCAGACGGCGAUACGGUUUAACGAAAGCAGCCAAUAAAACUUUCCGUGGUCAUUCUCCAUUCCUACUCUGUUGUACUUAAGGCACAAUAUCCUUGCUAAGAUGGUAUGAAUCUUCGCGGACUUUGUUCUGUUUUCGAAAACUCCUGAGGUUUUUCGGAUAGGUCAUUUCAGCUCAAAGUACUAAAGCAGGAACUUCAUUUUCCGUAGCCUUAGCACUUCUGCGGUGGUAGUUAUUUUUUUUUAUACUAGUUUUAAUAUGCCGUGUAUGGCUCAUAAAGUAUGAAGGCCGUUUCUUGGAGGUGAUGAGUGAAUCGUUAAGGACACAGAACACCGGAGGAGGAGAGCCUGAUGUAUACAGGAAGGAAGUCAGGGUUCUCGCAGCUUCAACGCAGUCUCAGAGUAGUCAUUACAGUGGCAAGUGUUGAAAUACAUUUCACUGCUUCUCAAACUUUGGAAAACUGUGGGGAAUUGGGACAAGACACAGAUGGGGGGGGGGGGGGGAAGACACUCUUUCAAAUGUCUGUCCAUGGACCAAUAAACAUGUGGAAAUAAUAUUAAUUAGUUUCGGUUUCGGCGAAGUUAUCAGUACUGGCGAAACGACAGGCUCAUUUUGAAACAUCAUUUUACUGUUAAUGUAAAAUGUCACGGUCAGCGCCUCUAAGAAUAUUAGGUUCCACUGCUAGUGAUUUGGAGUAACUUUUCAAAUUUCAUUACAGAAUUUGGUUUUCUUUGGAUUUUAUCCACAACAGCAGCUGCGUUAAAUUGAAUUUUAGUGGUCUGGUAGGUGAAGUUUGUAAAAUAUUUUGAUUGUAUUUUAAAAAGGAAAAGGUAUUUUUCUAUGGGCGAGCAGGUUGCUGAAAAAACUGUAUUCUGACAGAACAUUUUUGCUUGCGGUAAUGCCUCAUUAGAUUAACCCCUGCCUCUUCCCAGUAGCACCAGUAUAGGGAGAUCGAUGCCAAGAGUUCUGUAAAUUGUAUGGAAUGAUGUGUUUUCUAACAUAUUGAGUAUUGUAUAUAUUUGUUAAUUGUUUGCUGCAAGUUUGUUUUUUUUUUUCUUAUCGCAAAACAAUAAACUGUCAUCGUUUGCUUCACAAA